UCUGACUCACUGAUACGAGAUAAAUUCUUUUGCUUAUCAGUAUAACCAAGUUUUGUGUGCAGACAACAAGUUUCCUGUCGCUAAAUAAACACAUUUUAAUUGGAUUACAGUGACAAUGGGUGUCAAAGUUUAUUUUAGUUCAACGUCUGCAGACAUAGAGGUUAAACAACGACAAAARCGAGUAUUUCAAAUCUUAGAUGCAAAAAAUGUAAAAUACAAAGCCAUAGACAUUACUCAAGAUGAAAACAAGACUGAAAAAGAAUUUAUGCAAAAUAAUGCAAAAAAUUUUGGAGCUACAUCAAUAGAACCAACACCGAUUCAUCCCGUACCACCUCAAAUUUUUAACGAUGACGGCUAUUGUGGGGACUAUGAACAGUUUGAAAUGGCGAACGAGAACAGUGAGUUGAAGGAAUUUUUAAAACUCACUUCUUAAGACGAAUCAUAAACAAACAAGCUGUAACUUAGUUAUACCAACUGAAAUAAUUGUUUAAAACAUAA